UUGGCGUACCGUUCGCAUAAGAAGCUGCGCCAUCCUCUCCCCCUUCUCAUCGCUUUAAUUCUCCCUCGCCAUCUCAAACCUAUCGCAAGGUUCUUAUGAGCCUGAUUCGCUUCCCACCAUGCCAAUUUGAACCCCAUGGCCGGUCCAAGCGAUAGUUCACACUCGCCCGGGUCGACCGUUCUGUGCCCCGCCAGGCCUAAGACGCCCGACCUGACCCAGCCGAGGCCCAAGAGAGCCCGGGACGAUGGCAAUCACCCGGUCUACAGGGGCGUCCGGAUGCGGGCCUGGGGCAAGUGGGUGUCCGAGAUCCGCGAGCCUAAGAAGAAGAACCGGAUCUGGCUGGGCACUUUCCCCACACCGGAGAUGGCCGCGCGCGCGCACGAUGUCGCCGCGCUGAGUAUCAAGGGCAGCGCGGCGGCGGCAGUGCUCAACUUCCCCGAGCUCGCCGAAUUGCUGCCCCGGCCGGCCUCCAACUCGGCGCGUGACGUCCAGGCUGCUGCAGCUAAAGCUGCUUCCAUGGCUUGUCCGCAUCCGAUGCAGUCGCCAUCGCCAUUGUCGUCGUCGACAUCAUCAAUGCCGAUGCCAUCGUCGAUGAUGGAUACGUUAUGGCUGCCGGCGGCAGACGAGCAGACGACGGAGGAACUGAGCGAGAUAGUCGAGCUGCCGAGUCUCAGCACGAGCUACGAGUUGCGCGAGCCGGGGACCGAGAUCGUGUUUGCAGACUCGAUGGAUGGUUGGGGGUAUCCGCAAUGUCACGACGAGGAUUUUGGUCUCUUUAGCGAUCAAAUGUCAAUGGCAGAGCCUGCGAUCGAGGCUGAUUUUGAGGCCUCUUUGUGGGAUUACUAGUGUCAGCAGCUGGUCUAUCGCUCCGUGUGCAUCUGUCUUUGCCCCCUCCAUUGUUUUCCUUUUUCACUCUUUAAGUUCUUACAUGUUUCCACUUUUGUUCUU